AUGAAGGUCAAGUGCUCCGGUUCUUCGCCUUGCACCCGUUGUGAUCGGAAGAAGCAUAGAUGCAUCUUUGCUGUUGAGGAUAAGAGGAUAUCGGUGCCGGAGAGUUACCUCCGAGAACUUCAGAACAGGAAUAGCGAGCAUGAUGCAGACCGCUCGGCGAGGGCUCUGAGCAGAGGAGACGAUGUUGAGGAGAGUCGCUAUGCGGAUGCGGAUGCGUAUGCGACGCCGCAUCAUACUUCUCUUUCUCAGGGUGAAGAUAAUACCGGACAGUUGGAGACGCCGAGCCAUGCUCACGCUGCCAAAUGUGUAGACAGUCCACAACCUGUAGGACCUCCGGCAUCCGAGCCGGAUACUGAAGUAGGAGAUGCCCCUUCAAAUCAAGGAGGUCACGGCGACUUUGGCCCAGGGUUCAGACAAAACCCGCUGGUGGAUAACGACUACACCUUUGCAAAAGUCGGGGAACGAUACUUACUUAAUGAGCAAGGGUACAUGGGCCCAACAUCAUCAUGGUCGUUCUGCCGAAGAGUACUUGCCCUCCUAGGUAAACGCCUACCAGAAGCAGCCCCAGAUCCAUGGCAUUUGCCCCAUGAAGGUGCCUUCAGGAUGCAAUGGACACCAUUAGGCACAACCGAGACCCCCGAUGUCUCCAACCUUCCACCUCUAGACUACGCCCUCUUCCUGUUCAACACCGUCAAGUUUUACCUCGGCGCUGUCUUCUAUGUAAUUGACGAGCCUUCAUUUCUCAAGAACCUCCAUGAGUUAUACGAGGACCCGGCGGGCAAGGCUAGCUCUGCAAGGCUGUGGUAUGCGCAGUAUCUCUUAGUGCUAGCGUUUGGGAAAGCGUUCGUCGUUAAUAGUAGCUCGCAUGCCGCGCCGCCGGGCGUACAGUAUGCUGCGAGGGCCAUGUCAUUGCUGCCGGACCUAUCCGGGCUGAAUCCGGAUACGAUUCCGGCUAUUCAGGCGCUUGCUCUGGCUGCGUUGUACUUUCAGUGCUUGGAUAUGAGGUUGGCUGCGUAUCAGCAUAUUGGUCAAGCGCUAAGAAUCGGCAUUGUUGAGGGCAUCUAUAGACACAUGCCCGAAGAAGUUGUCGGCAUCGAGUACUCCCGACGCUGUAACAUUGUCUUCUGGGUGGUGUACACCCUUGACAGAGAGUUUUCGGCGUUGAUGGGAGCGCCGACUUCUAUUCGGGAUGAAGAUAUCACCGUGAAGCUUCCUUCGCAGAUGGAUAACUCCCUCGAUGCGCUAAAUAUGACCCUUCACGUACGGCUAUCACGGCUCAUGGCGCGUAUUCUUACGAGAAAAGAGUUUGACGGCUCACUCGUACCCAACACCCAGUCUAUCCUCAGGGAUCUAGCCAGAUUAUCACGAGACCUUACCGCACUCCUCGACACCCACUUCCAAGGCUCCGUCAGCCGAGCUUCUAGGAUGGCACUACGACUCAUCCUUUCUUACCACCACGUAAAUACAGCUUUAAACCCACGUAUUGCCAUUCUGCUAACAAGAGAAGUGCGUCGUCCUGACAACUCGACCCCUAGUCAUACAGUCUCUCUAACACCUCCAGUCGCAUCGCUUCUCCAAUCCUGCGUCGACUCAGCCCAAACAGUCCUCCGAACACUCCGCGUCCUCGGCGACGAAGACCUCCUCGAAGCUUUCCUCCCCUUCCAGCUCGAAGACGCCUUCUCCUCCGCUUUCCUCCUCUACCUCAUUCGCGUCAUCAGCCCGUCUCUCCUGCAUGACGAUUCGUGGUGCGAGAAUAUCAAGUGCGUACUGGAUAAGAUGAUUUCAAAGGGGAGUCUGGUGGCGCCGUUGAGGAAGCUGGAGCUGAGUCAGUUGGAGCAUAUUAUGUCUGCGCUAACGCCGGUGGGCGAGGAGCCUCCGACGCCGCCGCCGACGAGUGCGGCGCAUCAUCAAUCUCAGAAUCACCAUGGGCACGGGCACGGGCACGAGCAUGGUUCUUUCUUGGAUCAGAUGGAGGAGGCUGGAUGGGAUAUCUUUGAUACGAGCGGGAUGGGUGGUCUGUCACCGCAGGCAUUGUUGGAUUUGGCGGAAAGGUUGGAUGUGGAGGACUUGAUUCAAUCUGUCGAUGGGGAUGGUGAUAGGAGUUAA